ACGACCCCAUCCACAACCAUUAGUUAAUGACUUUAGAUAUAAAUAAAUUUACGAGAUGACUCUAUUUAAUCUGCUUGAGUUCCAAGUUAUUCUGAUAAUAAAAUCGAAGCAUUAACCUCAUCCAUUUAUUUAAAUAAAUAAAAACGCUGAGCAGUGCUUCGAUUUUGUACCUAAAGUACAGUCCCGAGUGUUGCAUGCUCGGCCAAGUCGUGCGUAAAUUUUUCAAAUGCUUUAUUACUUAUACACUAUUUAUUUCAAUUGAUUACUUCCUCAAACAACAUGUAUUAAUCAAUGUUAGGAAAGCGCUGUGUUGGAGUUUUUCUGCAGCGUUUGUGAGCGACGAGUGGUUGAGAAGUGCGAAAAUGGCUCAAGAUGACUUAAUUAAUAUUGACAGCAUGCUCUCGCAUGCCGGGGAUUUCGGACGACACCAGUGCAUCCUCAUGUUUUUGUUCAGUGUAAUAAAUGUGCUGUCUGCCUUUCAUUACUUCGGCCAGAUUUUUAUCAGUAUUGUCCCCGAACACAAGUGCAGAAUGUCCACAAAGGAAGAUCCGCGGUUUAUUGCCGCGGAACAAUGUUCCUACACGAUUUUUCACGAAGACAUUUACCAAAAAAUACCCUGCUCUGAAGACUGGGACUACAACAACAGUUACGGCUACGUCAGUAUUGUUCAAGAGCUCGAUUGGGUGUGUGACGAGAGCUGGAGGCCCGCUCUUGGACAAUCAGUGUUUUUUAUCGGAUCGGUCAUCGGGAGCCUAUUUCUCGGAAUCCUGGCCGAUAGUAUCGGCAGACUACACGUCUUGGUGGCGUCAAAUUUACUUGCCUUUUUCGGAAACAUCACGACACUUAUCACGACAAACACUACGAUUUUUGCAAUGUGUCGCUUCUUGGCCGGAUGUGCAACCGACGCUAAUUUCGUCAUGAUGUACAUUAUAGUUAUGGAAUACAUUCGGCCCAGUAUGCGCACUUUUGGCCUAAACCUUUGCAUUGGAGUUUUCUACUGUUUCGCUUGCAUGGUAAUACCAUGGGUGGCCGUUUGGUUGCAAAAUUGGGAAUCCCUUCUUCUGGCGAUUGCAAUUCCGCACUUAUCAGUUCUGAGCUUCUACUUCAUAGUACCAGAAAGUGCCCAGUGGUUGAUAAGCAAAGGACGCACCGAAGAAGCUAUUGAUUGUUUCAAGCGCAUUGCUCGAGUUAAUGGGAAAAAAUUAAGUGAUAAACAUUUCGAAGGCCUGACUCGUUACUGCUGCCAACACAUAAAUGCGAGAAAAAAGCACCAAAGCUUCUUAAGUUUGCUCAAAACGCCAAAGCUGCGCCGAAAAACCCUAAUAUUAAUUUUCAAAUCGAUGGUAAUGACGUUGUGCUACGACGCAAUCUCUCGGAACAUUGAUAACGUGGGCUACUCCCCAUUUCUCGUUUUUACAAUAACCUCAGCAACUAUACUCCCUGCCUGUCUUUGCAUUCUGGCGGUUCAAGACCGAAUAGGUCGUAAAGCUCUGGCAAGCGGCUCGCUUCUUAUGAGUGGCAUUUUCACUGCAUGCUCUGGAAUUGUUCAAGUGUUUAUCGAAACCCCUCAUCCAACACUUAUCGUAGUUCUUGCGAUAAUUGCAAGACUCGCUGUAACAGUAGCUUAUAAUUCCGGGGCUCAGUAUGCCGUUGAGUUAAUUCCGACCGUUGUGAGAGCACAGGGAGUUUCAAUAAUUCACGUAACAGGUUACGCUGCGACUUUUUUCAGUCCGCAAAUUUUGUAUUUGGCCCGCUUUUGGAAGCCCUCUCCUGAAGUUAUUUUGGGGGUUUUGCUAGUACUUGGCGCUGGGGCUUGUUUAUUUCUACCGGAAACGCUCAAUCGGACUUUGCCGGUUACGCUGCAAGACGGAGAAGAGUUCGGAGAGGACGAAAAUGUUUUUGAUUUUGCUUGCUGUAGAGCGCCCACUGAGAGCACCACACAACUGACAAGAGACCAGAUUCACACGAAUUAUAUGUGAGCUGUGAUUAAACGUACUUAAUUUUGUAAAUACAUUGGAAAUAAAAUUUUUUUAAA